UGGGGGGGAAGGCGGAAUCCCCUGCGGCCAAGUGUUUCCCGGCUGCCGGUGCAGGCUUUCCUGUGUUUGGGGCGGGGAUGGUCUCUCUUGCUUUAAGACAAACUUUUCAAAUCUAUUGAAUAAUAGAAACUAACUCCCUGAAAUGCCGAGCCGUGUGGAGGGUUGCCAAUUUUGGUUGGACCUAAUACCCGAGAUUUCAUCACAUGACAUAAACUGUAAUUAAAUAUGAGUCAUUUAAUUUCUGGAGAUUCCAGGACUAUCCUGGAGUGUUAGUUGGCAACCUUAGUCAUGUGGCACGUGGGCUUGGUUUUAUAGGGGACCAGGAGAGAAGUUCAAAGUUUGUUUUUUCUCUGUGUCACAGCAAAGGUGUGUCUGGAGCUGGCUUGAUUGCUAAUCAGAGGAGAUCAAACAAGAAAUUGGCUUUUCCUAAUCCUGGCCUGGCCCUUAAUCACAAGUGUUCAGACCAUUUCCCCCAUCAAUUCCUAGCUGCAGAAAACAUCAGUGAUGUGUGCUAGCCUGCCAGGACGAUGCAUGUCCUCCCAGCUCCAGGAACUGACCAGAGUCACACCUUUCCCUUUUCACAAGUCAGACACAUCUGAGUCACAGAAGCAAUGUGGGCUCAGACCAGCAGCCCCCUAAAUUUGGUCUCAACCUGCCCCUGGUUCCACUGUGCUGCACUCUGGAAUGCCAAACUGGCCCUUUCCUGUGUGUCAGGGGGCGCCUAUUAUUAGCUCUGUAGCUGUUGCCGUGAUAAAAGAAGAACUUCUAAGUUCUCUUGAUCCUGUAUGUUUCAGAAACAAAAGCUCUUUCAGAGAAAGAGGGGGUUUGAUAAAGCAUCUAUCAGUGGAAGGGGUCAGGGAUGGAUGGUCCUUGAGUUUUGUUUUAAACGUAAACUCCCUAAAUUCUGUUUUUACAGUUCCUCCUACGAUUUAGCUUGGCCUUGCUAUGCUGCUUGUAUUUGCUCUAGAGCAGGGGUUCUCAAGCUGGGGGUUGGGAUCCCUCAGGGGGUCACAAGGUUAUGACAUGGGGGGUCGCGAGCUGUCAGCCUCCACACCAAACCCUGCUUUGCCUCCAGUAUUUAUAGUGGUGUUAAAUAUAUAAAAAAGUGUUUUUAAUUUAUAAGGGGGGUUGCACUGAGAGGCUUGCUAUGUGAAAGGGGUCACCAGUACAAAAGUUUGAGAACCACUGCUGUAGAGGCUCCAAGUAGGGAUCAGGAACUCCUUUUGCUCUGCUCUGUAUAGCAUACAUAUAACAAAAGGCAGGUCUGUGCCCCAAAGAGCUUACAAUCUAAAUAUGUAAUGAGACAAAUACAUGCAUACAGAUGGAGGAGCACAGGAUGACAGGGGGAGACAAUUUUUCUAUCAAACUAGCUACUGUCUCCCAAGGAGGUGAAUUAACUACCCUUCCUGUAGGAAGUGUCUACACUGAAGCAUAGACCAGCCCCAAGACAGACUGAGUCCAGUGUGCUAUAGGAAGGCUGUGUUGGAGCUGGGAAUUAAACCCAGUCUCCUGAAUCCUAGGCUAGAGCACUAACUCCUGGGCCAUCCUUUCUCUUGGAAAUCAAAAUCAUGAGUCAUUGACAAAUUGCUAAACAGCUCUGUGCCUCGGUUUACCUAAUGUAAAGUAGGGAUUCAUAUUCAUCUCCUUGCUUAGGAUGUUGAAAGGAUUUUUAAUUAAUGUGUUUUUUAAAGUCAACAUGUAGAUCCUCAGGAGAAAGGUACUACUGAAGUGUGUAUUUACUAUUUAUUUUAUUUAGUAACAAAUUUAAUUUUCUUUUGCUAGGGAUCCAGCUUCUCAGCAUGUGUUAUUGGCCUGAGAUGUGGGUGUACUGUAUAUUUAGUACAAAAAGGCAGGGAGAAGUGUUAUAGGUAACCUAUAAAAAGGGGAAAAUUGGGGAGUUGCCCCUUUUUGCUUCUUUAUGUUGUGUGAAGGUGGCCUGAAAGUUGUGAUAUGGGUUUUUUCUCUUGUAAUACUCUGCCUUGUUUUUUCAUGCUGGAAAUUGAGGUCCUUGGUAGGCUGGAAGACUGGGAAACUAAAGCAAUGGUUGAAUCAUCAGCAAUAUCUGAGAGUAGAGCUGAGCCAAGCAGUCGCAACUGUGGUGAUGGAAAAUAUCUGCAUCAAGGCUACUGCUGUAAAUACUGUCCUGCUGGCACUUAUGUUAGUGAACACUGCAAGGUUCCACAUACUGAAGGAAUUUGUUACCCUUGCACAGAUGGAGAGGAUUAUACUGCUCAUGCAAAUGGCCUAGACGAAUGCAUACGAUGUAAACUGUGCAAAGAAGAUCAAGUAACUGUGAGCACCUGCACUUCGACGAGAAAUACUGAAUGUCAGUGCAAGCCAGGCUAUUUCUGUCCUACUCUAGGCUGUGAGAUGUGUUACAGAUGCAAGUCAAAGUGCCCAGAAGGGAAAGAAAUUGUACAAAAAUGCAAUGCUACAGUUGACCUGGAGUGUGGCCAUCCUCCCAUAGGGACUGCGACUACUACAGGUUGUAUUGCUGGGGUCAUCGUGUUCAUUGCUUUUGUGGCUGGGUGCCUUCUUUUAUUUAAGAAAAGGAUAUCAUAUAAUAAAACAAAUAAAGAAAACAAAGAUACAGAAAAAGAUGUGGAGUCUGAGGAUAGCACUGAAAUUUUCUUUGCACCAGAAAUGGAGAAUGCUAACGCUAGUGCAUCCAUUUUAGAGAUCCAAAACUCUGUUCAGAGUCCACCAGUUUUAGCAGUUAAUAGUCCUGAUUCUGCACUAAGAAAUGCGUUGCCUGAGGAUACCAGUGUUGCCUUUUCUGAAAGAAGUGGCCUACUAAAUAGUGAAAACAACUCAUGGGAAGAGUCUUACCACAGGACUGCAGGAUAUUCAGCACCAGUAAAGCCUCCAGACAAGCCCAAUUUUGUCGUUCACCCUGGACAGUCAAAUGGUGGGAUGUCCGUAUCCCGGAUGGUCAGGGAUUCUGAAGCCAGGCCUGAUAUAAUAGUUAAAGAGCUUUCUCAAGAAGCAUUAAUUGAAAGUUUUUAUUAUUUUAUAAAAGAAGUGCCACCACGCAACUGGAACACAUUUAUGAGAACUCAUCUAACAGAUAAUGAAAUUGAUAAAACAACGUUUGAACAUCCAAAAAAUAUUGAAGAGGGAUAUUAUCAGAUGCUGAUCAUUUGGAGAAACAAAUUUGGAAAUGAGGCUUCCAUUAUUAAAUUAUUAGAUAGCCUAUGGAAUAUAGGACUUAGAAGGUGUCAUGAAAACAUAGUAAACCAUUUAAUAAGUAAGGAUAUUAUAACUCUGCUAGAGGCCAAAGACUAAUGAGUAUACUAUUAUCAACAAAAGAAUCUGUAAACUCUAUAGAUACGUUUCUAUAUGCAACCUUGCUUUAGUGCAUGGUGCCAAUUUUUUUUAUUGUUGGUUUAAGAAAACUUGAAAAUAUCAACAUAAAAACUACUGGUAAAACAAGUAGAGAAAUGAGUUCAGAUAUCUUCACUGCGACUCAUGUCAUCUGGAAUAGCUGAGUCUCAGAAAUGUAUCUUACAGGACUCUACUUGUCAUUCAUUAAACAUGACAAGGAUUCAAGUAGCUGUGUUCACUGAGAAUGUGUCCUGAGUUGUAAGACAUGGGUACCCUUUUCAUGUUCAGUUGAGGAAAGAACAUAAGUGUACAUUAAACUAUAUAAUAAACUUUGAACGCUGUUAUGUCUUGGGAAAUGCGAACAGUAAGGGGAACUUCACAGUAACUGGAUGGAGUGAUAUUUGUUAUUGAAGGUUUUGAAGUAUAUUGUCAUUUUAUCAUCUGCCCUGAUAAACAGGACCAAACAACAUCCAGAAUCUUAAGUUAUUUUUUAUGUGCAGUGAAGAAUGUACUUAUAAGAACACUGUAAUGUGAAGAGAUUCAUAGAGUUUUAUGCCAGAAGGGAACAUUAGACCAUCUAGUCUGAUCUCUUGUAUAACUCAGGUAAUUAAAUUUCACACAGUUACCUUUGUAUUGAGCCCAAUAAUUUGUGUUUGGCUAAAGCAUAUCUUACAAAAAAAAUCCAGUCUUGAAGUGAAGACAGCAGGAGAUGAAGAAUUCACCACAUCCCUUGAUAAUUUGUUCCAAGGGCUAAUUGCGCUCACUGUUAGGAAUUUCUGCCUUAUUUCUAAUUUGAAUUUAUCUAGCUUUAGCUUCUAGACAUGAUUCAUCUAGUAGAGAAAGGCAAAAUAAGAAAGUACCUGGUAUUUUCUCCCCAUGAAGGUACUUGGAUACUGGAAUCAAGUACCUCAUCUUUUUGAUAAGAAGAAAGAGCUCUUUAAGUCUUCCACUGUAAAGCAUUUUCUCUAGUCCUUGAAUCAUUUUUGUGGCUCUUUUCUGUAACUUUUCCAAUUUUUCACACCAGAACUACAUGCAGUAUUCCAGUUUCACUGGUGCUGUAUACAGAGGUAAAAUCAUCUCUCUAAUCUACUCACUAUCCUGUUUAUGCAUCCAAAAAUUACAUUGGCCCUUUGCCACAGCAUCACACAGGGAGCUUAUGUUCAGUUGUUUCUUUACUGCGGCCCUUAAAUCCUUUUCAUAGUCACUGAUUUCCAGGAGACAGUUCCCCAUUCUGUAGGUAUUGUCUACAUUCCUUCUUCCUAGAUGUAGAACUUUGCAUUUGGCUUUGCAAAGUGCAUUUUGUUUGAAUGGGCUCAGCUUACCAAUAAACAGUAAAAGCAAUAAAUACAUAAGUCUAUAAAUCUGUUUUUACAGUACAUUUAAAUGCUGUAUUGUUUUUAUUGUCCAAU